GUAUGUCAAAGAUAGGGGAGAUAGAGAUUGACCAGAAGCUCUCUUUCCAAGAGCACAGGCUUGACACCAGCAGAGGUUUCAGGGACUUCAAGGAGGGCCUGAAAGAAGAAUACUCAGACAAGAGCUUCGCUGACUUCAAGGCAGAUAUGAAGAACAGCUUUACCAGUAGCCUGAACCAGAGCUUUGGAGAUUUGGAAACAAGUUCAAAUAAAGGUUGUGAUUUGGGGGAGCUGAGCUCAUAUGAUGUAGAGUGGGACUCCGACGGUCACCCUACUGGGGGGCGUUGGCCUCCCCUCGGAGCUCCUAACGAUGAUGAAGACAACCAGUCCCUCUACUCAUAUUCAGAAUAUAACUGGCAAAGGGGACAAAGUAGCAGAGGGGGGGCAAGGCUGGAGGAUGAUCGUCUGCAGCAGCUUGAAGAGGAACAGGAACAGCUCAACACAUCUCUCCUGGCCUUGACUUCACAUUUUGCCCAGGUGCAGUUCAGAUUGAAGCAGAUUGUAGAUGCUUCCCCAAUGAGAAAGAAAAACUCCUUCAUGAGCUUGAGGAGUUUGCCAACAGGGGGAUUCCAGACUUACGAGAGGCAAAUGCUCGGAGAAAGUCAACUGUGAGCGAGCACGUAAGUAUAGCUGUUGACUAGUGAAAUGAUCUUAUUUCUAGCUAUUUCUAUGGCUAGCUGACAAGUGUAGUUAGGCAUUGCUUAAAUGUGUGUGAUGA